AUGAAAUAUUCGUCCCGUUACGCUCAAUUGAAACGUAUUGCCGCUUCUCGUAAACCACCAGGAAACGCGUGGCUUCUAUCAUACUGCAUGCAUCUGUCACGAGAGGAAUGGCUGAGGACGUGUCGCAAAUCACAGAGAAAUCUGCAAGAUAGGAACGAUGUUGAUCCAACGCGAUGUGCGUACGCAUCGUGGUCCAAUAACAAACCAACAGCGUGGUGACCAACCGUGGCAGUCGACGUGUUGAACGCAUCGUCCGACACGAAGCAGAAACACACGUGCCUAUUGUUAUUCAUAAUUUUCGAGCUGGAAUGCGCAAGUUUGGAAAAUUUUGGGAUAUUCGAGCGGAAAGAUAUAUCCUGAAAGAUGUAGCGGGAUCGACGCGCGUUUAAGCUAGCUGCGAAGGAUUUAUGCAAACGUCAGCAGCGUAUUAAUCUCUGCUCCGAACGUGAAUUUUCCACGGUAUUACGCAACGCUCCGAUACUGAUUAUUACUUGAUAAUACGUAGCCGUGCAGCCCUGUCAUAAAUAAUCCGCGUGAUUUAUGCAUUAUUUUCACCGCGGUGGGAAGAGGCGCAGAUUUCCCCUCGCCAGGCUCCGGCGAAAAAUCAGUUGCCACGCGUUGUACGUUUUCGCGUCGGAGUGUACGAAAUUUCGUACGGUGUGUGGUAGUGCGAUAAAAAAAGAAAAGAAAAACAGUGAUACGAGAACAUCGGUACAAUCUGCUGUACCGUUGGUAUAUUUGGCGAGUGAACGCGGUGAACGUGAACGGAAGUUUGUAUCGUACUCUGCCCAAGGCGUCGUCGUUGCUGUUAUCGGUGUGUUUAAAAUGUUGCCAACGACACUGGAUCGAUAUACACGAUGACAACUACCUGCGUGGUGAACGGACCGCAUAAAAUGGUGAAUCGA